AUAUCAAAUUGGAAAAAAUAGGAAGUGAAAAACUCUAACUUGGCAGUUGCAUGAACGAGAAAAAAACGCAAUCACGCAAAAAGUAAUAUUUGCCAAGUUGGGAAGAACUGUUUGUGGUUGUUUUCCCCGCGAGGUAAUUAAUUAAGCGCUUCACGGGUGAGCGGCGCUUCGCAAAAAUUGUGAAAUCAUCAUAAAAAUAAACGCUGCUUUUGCAUUGGCGAAUAAUUAUACAUACGUGUGAGCAACGUGAGGGACGAAGGGAGGCGCUUCACCCUAUUGGUCAUUUGCUGUAAAUUUGAGAAAAUCCAUUUUGUAUUUUUUGGAAGAGGAAAGGGAACGUUCUGCGCGGUCCUUCCCCCCCCGUAUCCAUUGGCACAGCAUAGGAUAGCAUAACGUAGGAGAGAACGAGCCACCUCUUUUUGUUAUCCCCGUAACGCGACAAUGGACGCCUUCAACGAGAACUACCUGAACGAUGAGGACGACUUCAUGGGAGACGAGUUCGGGCAAGGAGUAGACAGCGACGAUGGAGAUAACUACGAAAAUGACAUAGACAUUAUAACGGAAAAUCAAAUAAAAAAGGAAAAGUCAGAUUAUGAGCAUUCGGAUGUGAAUGAGGAUAACAUAAGGAUAACAAGUCCCUAUUUGACGAAAUAUGAAAAGGCCAGAAUUAUAGGCACGAGAGCUUUACAGAUAAGUUUAAAUGCCCCCCUGACGAUACCGAUAGAGACACAAGGGGGGGAGGUAUCAAAUGGGAAGAAUGAAUAUGACAAUUACCUUAACAAUGACCCGUUGGUGAUUGCGGAAAAGGAGUUACAUAACAAGUCCAUUCCGUUCAUUCUGAGGAGGUACCUACCCAAUGGCAGUUACGAGGAUUGGAAACUGGACGAGCUGAUAAUUGACUAGCUGCGUUGCUUUAGGUGGAGCGGAAUGUCUCCCUAUAGGAUGGACAUUCCCGAACUGAUGUUAGCUUCGCCAGCCAAGUUUGUUUGGCCCCUUCCCCGUUUUUUACCUUGCUCUGUAUCAUUUUAUUAUUAUUUUAUUUUUUUUUUUUAAUGUUGUGCUGUGCUUUCUUUGGGGGGAGCGGCUCCACGAGGUCCAGCUCUUCCAUUUGUGAGUACAACACAACGCUUUAAUUAGUCAACAUGGUUAUGAUAUUCCUUUUCGCUGAAGAAUGCGCAAAGGGUUUUUUUACCGGAGUGAUUACUGCUUCGGCUCCUUUUCAUUUUAUCCUUUUUGCGUAUUACAAUCAUUUGAAUUUUUUUUUUUUUUUUUUUUCCCUUAAAUUCACUAUUCCACAUGGUGUAAUGGUGU